UUGGUUGAAGUAGUACAAAAUGUCAAAAAUUAGAAGGAAGGUCACAGUGGAAAAUACCAAGACCAUAUCCGAUAGCACAUCCAGAAGACCCAGUGUAUUUGAAAGACUUGGACCCAGCACUGGAAGUACUGCAGAGACACAGUGUCGUAACUGGCUGAAGACUGGCAACUGCCUCUAUGGGAACACAUGUAGAUUCGUACAUGGCCCUUCACCACGAGGUAAAGGCUUUAGCAGCAGUUACAGAAGGUCUCCAGAAAGGCCUACAGGAGACCUUCGGGAAAGAAUGAAGAAUAAGCGUCAGGACAUUGAAAACGAGACACAGAAACAUAACACAGAAGAAUCGUCUUCCCCGGUUAGGAAAGAGUCGUCAAGAGGGAGGCACAGGGGAAAAGAAGAUAUCAAAAUUACAAAGGAGAGGACUCCAGAAAGUGAAGAAGAAAAUCCCGAUUGGGAGACAAAUAGGGAUGAUUCUGAUAAUGGAGAUGUUAACUAUGAUUAUGACCAUGAGCUUUCUUUGGAAAUGAAGCGCCAGAAGAUCCAGAGGGAGUUAAUGAAGCUUGAAGAAGAAAACAUGGAGAAAAGGGAAGAAAUCGUCAUUAAAAAGGAGAUUUCCCCAGAAGCAGUUAGAUCUAAAGUAUCAUCCUCACCUUCGCCAAGAAAAUCUAGUAAAUCUCCAAAACCAAGGUCAAGCCCCAAAUCUUCCACAUCUGCCAGUAAGAGGGAGAAGAAGAAUUCUACUGUAUCUUCACCUCUUUUGGAACAACAGAGGAGUUCAAAAAGCAGCCACAACAAAAAGAAGGGUCCUCGUACACCGAGUCCACCGCCACCAGUGCAGGAAGAGAUGUCACAAGGCAAAAAACACAAAGAGAAACAUAAAGUUAAAGAACGGUUAGAAGAGAAGCCAAGGGAGGUAAAAGAGAGAGGCCGUGAAUUUGAAAGGCAUAAAGAAAAGAAAGAGAAACAGAGAGAUACCUCGGAAAGUUCUCACAGGCAAAGACGGUCCCCUAGUCCAGAAGAACAUUCUGGUAGCAAUUCUUCUCCUUCAAGAGAAUAUUCUCCUACCACAAGGAGAAGGCAAACAAAUUGGGCUCCAGCUAAGUCCAGCAGCCAUAAGCAUUCUUUCUCACCAUCUUGCCGGUCUUCUUCACCGCCAACUCAGCGUCAUUCUCCUGUAUCUUCACGGCACCACUCUUCUUCAUCUCAGUCGGGAUCUUCUGUUCAAAGACAGUCCCCUUCCCCACGUCACAAAAGAACUCCUUCCCCCUCUUACAAAAGGACAGCGUCCCCACCCGUGGGCCGGUCUUCCUCUCCUUAUCCCCACCGCACUUCACCUUCUCCUCAGCAAAAACAAACCCCUUCCAGACAUCGCUCACCCGCAAGAGAGAGAAGUCGGCAUGAUCGUGAACGGAUCUCACAGUCACAUGAUCGACGCCAUGAAAGGAGGGAUGACACAAGAGGAAAAAGAGGGAGAGAGAGAGACAACCGAGAUGAUCGAGACUAUGACCAAGAACAGAGCACCCCCAGAGAUCAUAGAGAUGACAGAGAAUCUCGUGAUGGGCGGGAUCGAAGGGACACCAGAGAGAAUCGAGACCGCAGGGAUCUAAGAGAAUCCCGAGAAACUCGGGACUCGCGGGACACCCGCGACUGUAGCAGAGAUAAUAAAGAAGGCCGUGAUCAGAGGGACUUGCGUUCCACCCGCGAUACACAUGACUACAGAGACAGAGAGUGUCGAGAGACGCAUAAGAAGGAAGAGCAAUAUCUGGAGGAAACGCGUAGCUAUGGAAGAACCCAUAGCAGAGAAGAGAGUUCUCGUACAGAAACAAGGACAGACUCCAGGAGUGAAACCAGAAACGAAACCAGAAGUACCGGCAGAAGUAGAGGGAGAGGGCCUGAAUUAUCAGACAAGGGUAGUCGAGGAACAAGGGGGUCUCAGGUUGACAGCCACACCACUAGUAGUAGCUACCACGACAGCUGGGAAUCACGGAGCAGUUACCCUGACAGGGAUCGCUAUGAAAACCGAGAACAUGCUAGAGAUUCUUCUUUUGAGAGAAGACACAGUGAAAGGGAUAAGCGUGACAACAGAGAGAGAGAUCAGAGACCAAACUCGCCAGUACGACACCAAGGAAGAAACGAUGACCUUGAACGGGAUGAAAGACUCGAAGACCGAAGAGUAGAUCGGGGUGAAGACAGGAGAGAUGAAAGACCCCGGGACCGAGAGAGGGAGCGGGAAAGAGAGAGAGAAGCUGAACGCGAUCGUGCCCGUGAACGAGAACGUGAGAGAGAAAGGGAGAAGGAUAGAGAGCGUGAACGGGAAAGGGAGCAUGACAGAGAGCGAGAACGGGAGAGAGAGCGGGAGAGAGAGCGGGAAAGGGAACGAGAGCGUGAACGAGAAAGGGGGCGGGAAAGAGAGAAAGAAAGGGAACGCCAGAGAGACUGGGAUGACAAAGAGAGAGGGAGAGAAGAACGCAGAGACAAGAGGGAAGAUGUCCGUGAAGAAAGAAGCACAAGAGACAGCCGCGAAGAAAGGAAGUCAAAAAAGCGUCACCGGAAUGAAAGUAGUCCCAGCCCUCGUAAGUCGCCCAAGCGUCGCCGUGAGCAUUCCCCUGAAAGUGAUGCCUACAACAGUGGAGAUGAUCAAAACGAAAAACGCCGACUACUGAGUCAGGUGGUGCGACCUCAGGAAUCUUGCUCGCUUAGCCCUACGCAUCUUUCAGAAGACAAGCAGAGUCGAUGGAAGGAGAGUGAGAGAAAGCUGGAGAGGAAGGACAGCUCCAGACAUUACGAAGAAACUGACUUAAAAGAGCGAACUUCUUUGGGAGACAAACAGCGGGAACAGAGAGAGCAGAGAGAACAAAGAGAAGUCAACGAAGGUUCGAGGAGCAGGGUCCCAGAGACGGUCGUUCGGCCUUCUGAAGAACACGAGGCAGUUGAUCACCUGCACGAAGAUAAGAAAAAAUCUAAAGUACAGAAAAAGGCCACGAAGAAAAAGAAAGACGAUGAGGUCGCAUUAGAUCGCUAUAUCGCCGAGCCAGCCGUGGAGAAAAGCCAAGUCUUUUCUCCCAAGAAAGGUCAGAAAAAGAAAAAUGCCGAAAAGAAGCGGAAAAGAUCAAAAGGAGAUUCUGAGGCUUCUGAGGAAGACGGUGGCCUGCACCAGAAGAAGAAGAAAGGCCCACGGACGCCUCCUGUAACCACAAGAGAGGAAUUGGUGGAAGUGGUGCCUGAGAAGUCUGUUGUGGUAGAAGCUGCCCCCAAAAGAGAGGAAACAACGUUUAGCGACUGGUCGGAUGAAGAUGUACCAGAGCGCGGAGAACCUAUCCUGGAAAGGGGUUCCGAGGAGCCCCAUAGAAACAGCCAUCGGCCAAGAGCUGAAACUGUGGAGACCGCUCAUGUUGUUGAAGAAGCGCCUCAUCUCAAACCGGCCGAACAGCAACGCAGCAGCAGUCUUGGUAGCAACCGAAGCCACACCUCAAGUAGACUCCGAUCGCCUUCCAACGAUUCUGCUCACCGUAGUGGAGAUGACCAGAUCGGGAUGAAGAAGAUCCUGCACAGCAGUUCUGGAGACAGAGAGAGGGAGCGGAGGUGCCUUGAAAUCGCUGGAGAACGGAAAUCAAGAAUCGACCAGCUAAAACGUGGGGUUCCUAGCCGCAGUACAUCCUCAGAUCGACAAGAUUCCCGAAGCCACAGUUCAAGGCGAAGCUCUCCUGAAUCAGAUCGCCAAGGGCACUCCAGAUCUGGAUCCUUCGACAGUAGGGAGAGAGGACAAGACAGAGACAGACACGAGCACGAUCGAGAACGGGACCGGGAGAGACGGGACGGAAGGCAGAGAGAUUGGGAGAGAGACGCAAAUAAAGACUGGUUGAGGAGCCGAGACCGCGAGAGAAUAAGGGAGCGAGAUCGGCAGCGGGAAAAACGGAGGGACCUGGACCGUGAAAAAGAGAGGCCGCCGCCGGAGAGUACCGAACGGGAGAGAGCUCUCAAUGUUUCCUCUCAAACUGAGGGAUCCAAGCACGGUGAAACAAAGCCAGUCAAAGAGCAUCUGGAGUUUGAAGGGGUCAGUCUGGACUCUGCCUCCUUAGAGAAAGAAAGACCGGAUAAAGACUUGGGACCUCUGCAAGGAUUUGAAGAUGGGAUCGAGGCUGAGAAAGCAGAAAACGUAGAAGGUAGAGAUGAAGAAUCCAAAAUAGAUGAGAUGCAGUCAAUGGUAUCUGGUGCUGGCGAAUAUGAACCAAUCAGUGAUGAUGAACUCGAUGAAAUCUUGGCAGGCGAUGCUGAGAAGAGGGAGGAUCAGCAGGAUGAGGAGAAGAUGCCAGAUCCAGUGGACGUCAUAGACGUAGACUGGUCUAGUUUGAUGCCAAAGCAGCCGAAAGAGCCGCGGGAGCCUGGAGCGGCUCUUCUGAAAUUUACUCCUGGAGCAGUUAUGUUGAGAGUCGGCAUUUCCAAACAGCUAGCUGGCCCUCAGCUCUUCACCAAAAUAAAAGAAACCUGCCAGAGGGCAGUGGAGAAACCGAAAGAUGCAGAGAACCUGUUUGAGCAUGAAUUCGGGGCCCUGAACAUGGCUGCCCUGCUGCGAAAUGAAGAGCGAUCUGGCCUGCUGUGUAACCUUGGCCCGUGUUGUAAAGCCCUGUGCUUCAGGAGAGAUUCUGCCAUUCGCAAGCAGCUAGUGAAAAAUGAAAAGGGCACAACAAAGCAAACCUACACGAAUCCUCCCGUAGUGGACAAUGACCUGCUUCGGUUGAGUCUCCGGCUGUUCAAACGCAAGACUGUGCGUCCAGGUCCUGGACAAGAAAAGAGCGAGGACAGUAAACUUCUACAACCAUACGUUCCCGAAAUGUGCAUGUCCUGA